AUGUUUAAUGAAUUAAGCUCAAGUUUAAUUAGUAAAAAAGAAAAAUCUAAGCUCAUAAGAUUAGACGAUCCUUUAGAUAAAGAAAAAGAAAAAUGUUCCUUUUGUAAUUUAAAAAAAAAGAAAUUAAUAAAAUUAUUAAGAUGUAAAAGUUGUGAUGAUAUCUAUUAUAAAGAUAGAAAUAAAAUAAAAAAAGAAUUAUUCUCCAUAGGAAAUUUUAAAAAUAUAAAAGAAAAAGAAAAGUUCUUUCACUUUGUAAAUAAAAUAAAGCUAAGAAAAAAAGACUUUUACAAAAUUAAAUUACAUAAUUUAAAGAACCUGAAAAAAAAGAAAGGCAUUACAGAUCAUAAGAAAGAUUUUAUAUUAAAAAAAAGUUUUAAUUCAAAAAAAAAUUAUAAAAAUGUAAAACCAAAAAAAACUAAAAAGAAACCUACAGAUAAAUCAUUCUAUAAAGAUCUCAUAAAAAAUAAUCAUUUUAUUAAAAUAAAUAAUAAAAACCUUAAAUAUAUAAAAGAAAAAUUAAUUUCUAUUAAAAAUAAAAAUAUGUUUACUAGGUUGUACAAAGGAUCAAAUAAAUUAAAAAAUAUAAAUAGAAAAAGAAAUGUUAAAGGUAUUUAUCACAGAAAAAAAACAAUUAAUAAAAUGGAUUUGUCUUCUUUUAAAAAUGUAACGAAAUCAUAUAGAAACAUAAAAAAAUUAAAAGUGAAUAAAAUAAAUAACAAAAAAUAUUUAUUAUUUAAUAAAAAUAAUUUUUUUAAUAAUAGAAAAGAUCAAAAUGUAUAUCCUUACAAAAAUUUUAAAAAAGCAUCUUACCUCACUAAAGAAAAAACAUUUUCACAUAUUUCUUAUAAAAAAGAAAGAUACAUAAAAUCUAUGCAUGAAUCUUCACUGAAAAAUAAAAAUUUUUUUUUUCUUUUUAAACAUCUAAAGGUUAAUGAAAAAAAAAAAAAGAAAACGUUUUCUAUGAUGAAAGAUGGUCAUUCAAAUCCUAAAAUGGAUUACAAAAGUGUUCAACAUGAAAAUAAUAAAAAAGAUACAAACUGUAAAAAAUUAAAUAUAAUUAGACAUGUAGAAAAAAAAUUUAGAAAUAAGACAUCUAUUUUAUCAAGUCAAAAUAAGUUACAUGAAAUUAUAAAAAAAAAAUAUGAUUACAACAAUAGAGAUAAAAAAAAAUUAUAUGAUAUUUCAAAAAUAUAUAUUACAAAGAAUUUACUUUAUCAACGUAAUUUAGUAAAAUUUACAGAUGGUAAAGUGUCAAAUAGUUCAUUCGUUAAGAAUGGCAUAAAUAAAAAAUCGGAUAAAACUAUAUAUCUUGAAAUAAAAAACAAAAAGAUAAUACUUAAAACAUCUGUUAGAAAUACAUCUUUUAGUAAAUUAGGAAAAAGUAAUAUAUUUAAUCAAUUAGAUGAAAAAUUGAAAAAUAAAAAAUUGUACUUUUCAAAAAAUAAAAAUGAAAAUAAAAAUGAAAUUUUUCCAUAUACUAAUGAAAAUAACCUAAUACAAACUCAAAAAGGAGAGAAAGAAAAAGAAUUUGAUAAUAAAAAAUCUCUAGAAAAAAAAUACUUAAUUAAAAAAUACGAAAUGAAAAAUGAUAAUUUUUUCAAUAUUCGAAAGAAUAUUUUUAAUUUAAAAAACUAUAACAUAAAAGACAGAAAGGAUAAUGAAAAGUUAUACAUUGAUAGAAUUAAAAAAAAUUAUAUUUUAAAUAAGAAAAUGCAUGAUAAAAAGUUAUGUGAGAAAUUCAAGGAUAAUAUAUCGGAAAAGAGAAAUAUAUAUAGUAAUACUUAUGAAAGAAACAUUUUAAAUAAUAAAUACUCUGAAUGUUGUAUAGAAAAAACAAGCAAUCAUUUAAAACAUUACAAUUUUAUAAAACUAAAAAAUUUAUCGAAAUUAAAAAAUAAAAAUAAGGGAAAAUAUAAUAUCGAUAAAAAAGAAAAAAAUAAGCAUAUGAACAGAUUGAUAAGAAAAUAUAUGAAAGAAAUAAAUAAAAAAGGUAAAAUAAAAAAAGAAUUCGAUAAUUUAAUUCAAACAUAUAAAAAUUUAGAUAGAAAAAAAAUAUAUGGAAAAGGUGAAAAGAAAGAAAUUAUAGAAGAUGAAAUAGAGGUGACACAAAAUUGUUUAAUUAAAGGAGCUUAUUCAUCCUUUAGAAAAAAGGAGAAUAUAUAUAAUAUUCCCUUCACACACAAAAAUGAAACAAACAAAAAAAUAAUAAUAGAGAAAAAUAAAAUGAUUAUUAAUAAAAUUAAAAUGGAUAAAAAAAAUAAAAUGAUUAGCAAUGUUAUAAUUAAUAAUAGAAUAAAUGAAAAAUUACAAAUUCAUAAAAAAGAUAUAUUUGAAAAAUUCCCUAUGAUAAAUAUGAAUACAUUUGAAAAUAAAAAAGAUGUCCAAAAAAAUAAUCAAAAAGAAAUAGAAAAAAAAUAUGUAUAUAAAAAUAACACAAUAAAAAUAUAUAAAGAAGGAAUAAAAAAUAAAAAUAUAUUCAACUAUUUAGGCGAUAAAUUUACUCUAAAAAAAGAUGUUGAUGUUCAUUCUGAUGAAAAAUUUAACAGUAAAAUACUUAUGAAAAUAAAUGAUGAAAAUAAUAAAAAAUAUACUAUACCAAUUACAACUGCUAAAAAAAGUAGUAUUAUAAAUAAAGAAAUAAGUGAUUAUGAGGAAAAAAAAAGAGUAUUUAAUGAAUAUGAACAAAAAAAAGAAAUAAAAAGAAAAAAAAAGAACAAAGAAGAAAAAAAGGUAAAUGAAAAAAAAGUAGAACAAAAACUUAAAUAUGUGCAUAAGAAUCAAAAAGAUGAAAAUAAGAACGAAAAAAUAUUAAAAUACACAGUAGAAAAUAGUGAGUUAAAUAAAAAUAAUCACUCAAUACAAGAUAAGAAUAAAAAAAAAAGCGAAACAAAAUUAUCAAAUGAAUACCAACCUAACAAAAAAAUGAAUGAACGUGAAAUUAAAUUAAAAAGUAACUAUAACAAAAAUGAAAAAAUUGAAAGUGAAGAUAAAUUAGCAUUAUUAAAUGCAUACAAAAAUAAAGGCAUAUAUAAUUCUUAUGACAAAGAUAUAUAUGAGUUACAUGUGAAUUCAUAUGAAAAUAUAGAUGGUAAUAAUGAUAUAAUUGUGAAUGAUACUGAAAAAAAAAAAAAAAAAGGAAUAGAAAUAUACUUUGGUUUUAAUAAAGAAGUAAUUAGGGAAAGAAGACAAGAAAAAGAAAACAUUAUCAAUAUGAAUAUAGAAGCAAAAGAGAGCUUUAAUGAAAAAAUUAAAGAAGUUCAUAUUGUAAAAAAAAACGUUUUUACAUUAAUCAAAAAAAAACAGAUAAAUAUUGAAAAAUUAUUAGACGAAGAUACAAGCAAAAAAAAUCAAAUCAAAUCAAAAGAAAAGAAUUUUAAUAUUAAUUCAAAUGAGAGGAAGCAAAAUCAGUGUGACAAAUAUAACAAAAAUAGAUAUAACACAUUGAAAAAAGAUAAAUUCAAUUUUAUAAAAACUUAUAUAAUGCCAAUUGGAAAAUGUAUCAAUCACUAUAAAAAUAUUUCAUUUGAAAAAAAUAAUAGUAUAAAUAAUUUGAAAAAUAAUUUUCAUAUCUUGAAAAGUGUAAGAAAAACAAAUAUGGAGUUCAAUAUUAAAAAUAAUGAGCAAUUGAGUGAAUGCAUAUAUAAUAAAAUAUUCAUUCAACAUAAUUUAAAAAAAAACAAUAAUUGUAUGAAAGAUGGAAAACACAUCAAAAAUAUUAAUUUAAAGAAUAAAAUAAAAACAUAUAUUACAGUUGUAAAUAGAAAUAAAAGUGUUCCUUUGUUAAAAAUAAAUGUUUUCUCAAAAAAUUGGAAAAAUAAAAAAAUAACAAAUACAAUGAAAAAAGAUAUAUCAAAAAUUAAAAAUAAGAAAUGUUUUCACUUUCUAUGUACAAAUACCUUAAAUAAGAAUAAAAAGGAUAAUUUUAGAUUAAUAGAAUUAAGCAAAUAUUUCAGUAAUUUAAAAAACUUUGGCUUUAAAUUAAACGAAAGUUUACCUAUUUUAAAUGAAGAAAAGAAGUCGUUUUACCUAACUAAAGAUAUUCAAAAAUUUAAUAUAAUAAAAACAAACAGACGAAAUAAAGAGAAAUUUCAUGCAACCAAAUUAACAACAAUAAAAUCGAAUAUUAUAGAUGAUUUUACAAAUAUAAACUUAAAAAAUUAUUAUUUACUUAAAAAAAAAAAUAAUGUUCCUUAUUACAGUAAAUCAUUAAUAAUAAAAAAAAAUAAAUAUUGGAAUGAAGAAAAUAAUAACCUUAAAAAAACAAAAAGUUUUGCAUAUUUUAAAAGGAAUCUAAGAGUUAGUAAAAUUUUUACAAAAGGAAGUAAUAAUAUUAAGAAAUGUGGAAGUAUUAAAACUUUAAAAAAUAAUAUUCUCAGUACAAAUAAAAGUUAUACCAAACAUUGCAAAUAUGUAAAUAAUUUUUUAGAAGAAAAUAAUUAUGAAAUAGAAAAUAUAGAUGUAAAAAAUAUUUGUGAUAUUAACCAAAAGUUAGUAAAAUUAAAAGAUUCUAAUAAAUCCAAAUUAUAUGAAAUUAGAAGAACUAAUGAUUUAAGAGAUAUAAAAAAAAAAUUACCAAAAAAAAAUAUUUUAAAUUAUUAUUUUAACCAUUUUUCUUCAAUAAGUAAUAAAAUGUUAUUUAAUGGAAAUAAAGUUUCAUUAAAUAAUCAAAUUCGUUUGCCAAUGUAUUCUAGUUUCAGUCCCUAUUGCCGUAGAAUUGUUUAUCACAAAAAAAAUAGAGUUUGUCGUACCUUGUCAUUCAAUAUGUGUUUAUCUAAACUUCGUAAUACAUUAAAAAAAAAAAAAGAUAAUUUUACAAGUUCCCAUAAUAGAACAAUCAUACAGGGGGUUCCCAGAGUAAAAAAUAUGAAAAAAUUUAGUUCAAUCAAAGUUAAAAGAAAUUUUACUUUCGAUUGUUGUUGUAAAAAUUAUUAUGAAUCUACAAAUAGCAAAUCAAGUGAACAAAAAUUUUAG